AUGUUUUAUUCUAGGGUAGAAUGGGUGGAAAUAAUCGAGCCCAAGACAAAGGAACAUAUGUAUGCUAACCUCACUACGGGGGAAUGCGUAUGGGACCCACCUGAGGGAGUUAAAGUGAAACGGACAGAUUCUUCCCAGUGGUGGGAACUUUUUGAUAUCAACACACAUCGAUUUUACUACUACAAUGCAUCAACUCAGACUACUGUAUGGCACAGGCCAACGGACUGUGAUAUCAUACCGUUAGCAAAGUUGCAGACUCUGAAACAAAACACUGAUCCGCUAAAAAGAAGGGAAAGUGCCACACAGACCAACCAAGCUCCACCUCAGGCUCCAUCAUCAAUAGAUCCAGUGAGCAGCAAUGGUAACAGCACUGUGGCGAGCGUCAGCAAACUAUCACCUAGCAAUGCCAAGACUGUCUCCUUGCCGCAGACCAGCCCUGUGCGGACCAGACGAUCACAUUACCAUCAUAGGAAUAGCGUCGAGAGGCGAGGAAGGCUGAGCGAGGACGGAGCGAGUCAACUGUGCCGGCACACCGACUCCGGCCGCUCCUCCGACAGCAGCGUCAGCAGUCAGCGCCGCAAGCAGCAGGAGCUAGCGGCAGCUGCGUGCGCGCCGCUGUGCACGCCGCAGCUGCGCAAACGCAGCGGCGUCGCGCCCGCGCCCGCGCCCGCGCCGCCGCUCGAGCCCGACAAGUGGUCGCCGUCGCCGCACGCAGUUGCAGGGUUGAACAGGAGCGGCAGCUUCAUCUCGCCGCGGAAGGACGCAUCGGAUGACUCCAUGCACGAGAAGUACUUCAAGUCCGUCGAGAGCACACCAUUGACGAAACGCAAGUUGAAGCAGCAAUCGGCGGGGUCGUCGUGCGAGUCGGCCUCGCCGCAGAGCCCGAGCAGCCCGCUGCAGAAACCGCAGCCCCAGCCCUUUCUACAGACGUCGGCGGCGCGCCCCUCGCUCGUGUCGUCGAUCUCGCUGGCGACGGACGCGGCGGGGGCGGGGGCGGGCGCGGGGGCGGGGGCGGGGGCGGGGGGCUCCCGCGUCAUGCACAGCCUGGAGCGCCCGCACCUGCUGUCGCGGCACGCACGAGAGCGCUACUCCGACAGACACCUGGACAAAGAUCGACUGGUUGAGUUAGAGCGAACGGAGCGUUUCGACAAGCAGGCUGCGUAUAGUGUGGACAAACCCUUCCGGCAGACCAGUUUAGAUCUGCGACAUCACGCGCCCAAUUGGCAUCCGCCGAGGGAGUUUACUAGAAGGCAGCAAGCGGAACCGGAACGUUACACGUCAAGCAAAAGUUCGCUAUCGUCCGGUAGCAGCAAGAGGCAAGAACCACACCAGAACUUCAUGCGGCUUUGCUCGGCCAAUGAGCAAGACAAUAUGGCAGCUGUGAACUACAAGAUGAAAUGCAUCAACUUGGACCCGCCGCUAACGGAGCCCAACGUGCAGAAACACAACCAGAGGUUAGACAGGUCGACGGCGCCGAGAGAUCGUGCCAAAUCGCGACGUCACAAGAGGCCAGAAGAAGUGGAAGAACCUCCUCUAGACGCCGACGAGGAAGACGAGGAAGGUUCCCCGCUGUACUGCAACUGGGACCUCCGCGGCAUGCAGCACUUGCUGCCGCUGCAGGACUACAUCAUCCAACAGGCCAAGCUGUCUAGGGGCGGCCGCUACGCGGACGGGUCGGGCUCGGACAACGAGUCCACCUCGUCGCGGUCCCGCUCCGGGUCGGCGGGCUCGCGCUCGCUGUCCGGCCACGAGCCCGACAACGAGUCCAGCUCGGGCGGCGCGCGCACGCCCGACGACGACGACGGCUCGGGGGUCUACCUCGCGCACCAGCACGCCGAGUACAUGAACCACGGCGUCGCCUACUACAACACCUUCCACGAGCCCGACAAGGACUACCAUCGGCCUGGGUUGGGCGCGGAGGCGCUGUACAGCCCGGUGCGCGCGCACGCGCCGCGCCCGCCCGAGCAGGACAUCGAGAUCUUCGCCAAGGACCACCUCAACUUCAACAAGGGCAUCUUUAGGAAAAAGGCGUCAGUACGCGACAUGUUAUCAUGGACGUCAUCAGGCAUCAGCGCGCCCAUGGUGGGCGCGGACUGGGACAAGGCGCACAAGAAGGCCGCCACCGACCUGUUCCGACUUGUACAGAUAUACAUGGGCGACCGCAAGGCCCGGCCGGGGAUGACGCUCAACUCCGUCGCUCAGGACUUGCUGCAUGCCACCUUCACCAACGAGAAACUGCGAGACGAGCUGUACGUGCAAUUAUGUCGGCAAACAACAGAAAACCCGCUACGAGACUCCCUACUGCGCGGCUGGGAGCUGCUGGCCGUGUGCCUCGCCUUCGUACCGCCCUCCCCCGCCUUCCAGCCCGCGCUCACCAACUACGUCAACCGACACCGCGACCCCGCCUUCGCGGACGCCUUCCCCGAGGUUGGCAAAUGGCCGAUCCACGUGCAAGUGUCACACUACGCGGGCGUGGCGUGCAAGCGGCUCGAGCGGAUCGGCGUCAGCGGCAAGCGGCAGCCCAGGAAGCCCUCCACCGAGGACAUCGACCAGGCGCGGAUCCAAAUAUUCCGACAAUCAAUGUUCGGCAACACGCUAUCCGAAGUCAUGGCGUUACAAAAAGAACGGUUCCCGAACCGCCAGCUCCCUUGGGUGCAGGUGGCGCUCUCGCAGCAAGUGCUAGCGCUGAGCGGGAGCGAGACUGAAGGCAUCUUCAGGGUGUCGGCCGACGUGGACGAGGUGGCUGCGCUCAAGGCCAAGAUUGAUAAUUGGGAGCUGCCGGACGCCUCCAACCUCACUGAUGCCCACGCACCGGCAAGCCUGCUCAAACUCUGGUACCGGGAGCUCUACGAGCCCCUGAUACCGGACGUGCUGUACGCGCCGUGCGUAGCUGCGGGUUCAGACUACGCCGCAUGCGCGAGGGCGCUACAGCGUCUACCGGCGCUGAACCGACUGGUACUAACCUAUCUCAUAAGCUUCCUCCAACAAUUCACUGCCCCAGAAGUUGUAAGUCAAACGAAAAUGGACUCCGCGAACCUCGCCAUGGUGUUCGCACCCAACUGCCUCCGCUGCACGUCUCAAGACCCCAGGGUCAUACUAGAGAACGCGCGGAAGGAGAUGACCUUCCUGAAGACCCUUAUCACUAAUCUGGACACUUCCCAUGUGCAGGACAUGCUGUGACCGAAUCUUAAUAACAAUUACGGGAACGAUGAUUACUCGUUGCAUGGACGUUCGUGGUUUUAGCUAUUUUAGUGAUGAUUCCGAUAUGUAUUAAAUCGGGGUCCCUUUGUUUGACAUAAUUAUUGGGUCAUAAAUUAUUAUGACUCAUAAUGUCAUGAUUGUCAUAUUAUCAUUAGUCAUAAUUCUGAAACCGUUAACUUUUCAGGAUUUUCCUCAGGUUAUCCUAUAGAUAGGUUAAGUUAGGUUAGUUUUGUUUUAUGCCAAUCCUGAAAAGUUAUUUCUGUCGUUUCUGAGAAAAACCAAAUUAUGACUAAUGAUAAUAUGACAAUCAUUACAUUAUGACUUUCAAUAAUAAUGGCAAACAAUAGAGACCCGUAUUAAAUCUCGUCGGGAUUAUGGCAGUGAUAAUCAACGCAUAUGUCAAAAUAUGCGUUUAUAUUCCGAUUAAAGUAAAUUUAGAUUAAAAUAUGCUAACUAUAGGAAAGAAAAGUCAAUGUUCUAAACAGUAAACUGCCACAACCACUUAUCGUUUAUUGAAGUAGGUAAAAUUUCACUGCCUUAACAUUUAAACGAUUUACUGCGAAUUAAAUAUUCUAGUGACUUCCACAGCGGACUGUACCUAUAUUACCAAUUACAUAAUAAGCACAGCCUUCGGUGAUGCGGUUAGGAAUGUUCGAAAGAAAAUUAUGUUUAAUGAACGUUCGUGCAACGGGUCAUGCCCAUGAUCAUGACCCACAAGGACCUUUGCCGCCGAUCCAUUUGCGGCUACAUAAAUCCUUUUGAAUAGUGUUUAGAUUGUAAUAGCCCUUUAGGGCUCUUAAAGGAGCUUAAAGGAUUACUAGUGCAAACGUGAUGCGCUUAUGUGCGGUUCUGUACAAAAAUAUACCUUCGCUAAUUACAAUAAGUAAGCAUUUCUGCUCGUAAGGUCCCUUUCCGUACAGGAUAGCACAAAUAUUAGGGCACAUACCGAAUUCCCAUAAUUAUAUUUGACAUUCUUGUAUAUUGUUUGUAUUUUUGUACGCUAUACGGUAAUUUUAUUUGGUCGUAUCCAAAGAUAUUUAAUGAAAUGUGAUUUUAAUUACAUUAGAGCUUUACAAAAGUGUACGUGCAAUGUGUUUCAGAGCUGAACGGUUGCUUGUUUAUAUUUAGUUUAUAGUUAUAGAGAGUGAAUGAAUUUAUUUUUACUACAUUAUUUUUAUUAUGUACCAUAAUAAUAAGUUUUGCUAUUGAACGAGGCAGCUAUAUUUUUCAUGACGAAUUAAACUCAUAACAAUUAUGUUAGAUUAAGUAAAUUAAUAAUAUCAAGGCAUCUAUUAAGACUACCGGCAGUUACAUCCGUAAGGGCGUCUACACUCUUCUUGACGUAAUAGGUUAGUUUUCUAUUGAUGAAUUCAAUUUUUUACCCACAGUAAUCGAUUUUAAUUUUUUUACUAAGUUCAAGGUCAUACUAAUGCACUUAGCGACGUUAUUCUGUAUUCAGUUUUACUAACAUCAUAGUAGCAAUGUUCAUUGAUGUUCUGUUGAGUUGAUUUUGAUCGUUAAGGAAACUAACCUAUUAUUAUCGGAGGAUCGGCGCGGAUAUAUUCAAUUUGGACUCAAUUUUGUUUAUCCUUAUACUUCAAUUCACAAACACCUUAUGUUAAAAUAAUAAGUUAGUACUUAAAUAAACCACAUCACAAGUAGUUACUAUAUUUUCUAAUAUUUAAAUGAAUUAUUUAGAAUUGAUAAAAGCAAUAAAACCCAACUAUGACGCAUCUCGAACUUCGAGGAAAGAUAUGUUUAUUAUAGCUAUUGGCCUUUGCCAAAGUCAAUGUGACACUUACGCCUCCAUGAACCGUACUUACGCCCUAAAACUUUACGCAUUGGUUAAAACAAAUGUAUGGCGGACGGUGAACGGGUCAAUUAUGCACGCUCGGAGCGUGCGUCUCGGGCCUUUUGGCCUUGGCCUCGCUCGGGUUAGGGCCAUUUAGUGAACUCCAUAUUCACCGAUACAGCGAAAAUGGAAUUAAACCAAACGUAAUAUCGUUUAAAAAAUCAAAUGUUUUGAUAGGAAAUGUUAAAUAUGGAGGUUGACUAAUUGUUUUAGUCGAAAGAAGCUGAGGGUAUGUACCAUAUCUAUUUAGCAUGAAUAAGAAAGAAAUGGCUGCAUACUCUUUGGACUCCAAUUUAUUGGAUUUUAAAUUACAGGAUCCAUUUUUCUUAGUAUUUCAGCGAUGUUUGAAGUCUCCGUAGAAAAUGUUUAUUCUCGGAAAUUCAGAGACUAGUUAAGUCGGAUACAGUAUCAAAAAUGGCCGAUUUUGAUUUAAUGACGGCUCUUUCGCUUUUGCCUGUAGGAGACGUGGACGAGAUUCAAAUAAGCCAGUUGAUUGAUGGGUUACAAUUUUAUAGCAAUACCUACGUUAAAGGAGAAAGAUCAGACCGUUUUGAUAAAUUUCGUUGAUAAGACGCGGUUGUCGAGUAAAGCUAAAUUAAAAAAAAAAAGAGUACGCGACCCUGUCAGAUUUGAUUGGCGAUAUUUUUGAAAAGUACAUUUUUUCAGCAAUAAAAGUCUCGUGCAAUUUUUUAUACGAUCAAAAUAAACUAGAUUAAACAUUACUAUUAUGGUUUUCAUUACUGGGUCAUUUUAUCUUCAUUGUGUAAAAUUUAUAAAAAUAAACAAAAUUGUUGUGUGGAACUGGAGAACUAAUUUCAAUCGGGGCUAGUAUAAAUGCAAUUUAAGUUUUGAUUGACGUGUUUCUAGGUUGGGCGCCAUGCAGGACGUUGCAUAACUGGUGUAGUACAGUCGCCAUCAGAUAUACCGGAGCGGCCAAGGUGCCCAAAAAUAUCUGAACACGCACUCUUAACACCUCGACAAUAGAGGCGUGUUCAGAUAUUUGUAAGAGCCUCGGCCGCUCCGAUAUAUCUUAUGGCGACCGUACAACAUGCGGAAGUAAGGUAUUUAUCUGACCAAGAACUUAACUCCAGGUUUAUAAUUACUGUAAGGUUACGGCGACAUUACGCCUCGCGGACAAGUCAUGCUUAUACAUCGCGUUUCCACUCUUACUCAAAGACCAAUUAUCUUGGGUUUACCACUGAUUCAUUAUUAGCCUUGCAGUGUGUCUAUUUAAGUUAUAAUUAUAAUUAGUUGGAGUAAACUGAGUUACAAGUAUUUACGAAGCAUCAUCUUCAUAACUGUUAAGAGCCUGGCUCUUGUCGGUGGAGUAACCGCCACUCCGUUCUUCUUUCUGCCACUGUUUGUUUCUGUUGAUUUUCUCUUUGGCUUGGUCCAAAAACGCACUUCUCGGUCUUCACGAACCAACUACACACAUUUACGAAGCAUGUGUCGUUUUCAAGCAAAAGGUACCACAUUGUCGCUUGUCAUAGGGACGCUCUGACAGGUUUUUCGUAUAAAUAUACAAGCAAUUUUCGUCCUUAUGGUAAAACCUUUUGAUUGAAAACGUCACAAAUAUUCUUAUUUGUUGCCAAAAUGCAAAAGUAAAUAAGUACCUACAAGACAAUAAACUUAAAAGAGAAGUGAUACAACACCGGUUGUACAGUCGCCAUCAGAUAUGUCAAGGCGCUUGUGCGUGUUCAGAUAUUUGUGAGCGCCUUGGCUGCUGCGAUAUAUCUGAUAGCGACUGUACCUACACCUUGAUGUUGAUAUUUUUAAUGCUGUCAAGUUACUUCAAUUAAUUACCAAUUAAUUAACGACAAUUAAUUAAAUUUCGAUGCCGUGUUAAACACAAAAGCUGUCACUCGGACGCCACGUCACCGAAGUGUCAAAACUGAAAUUGGCCCACCAAUGGGUUAGGAAAUAGUUUAGGAAAUGCUGUCUUAGAGAUUUGAUCUUGCUAGGAUCUCAUAUCCAUCGUAGAAUAAAAGUUUACUUUGAAUCUACGUCAUUAGCAACUCAAUGCAAUCUUAUCUAAGAUCUUUUGUUUACAAAGUAGCUAGGAAAAAGUUUAGAGAAAUAUUUUUCUGUAGUAGACACUUAAGUAAUAAAGUUUAUCGCAUUUUAAAACUCCUAUUAAUAAAGUUACGAAAAUUCAAGCGCUGCUCUACGAAUAUAUUGUUAUAUUUUAAGAACUUUAAUGUCGGUAUAAGACUUUUAUUUUUAAUAAGUAAAAUAUUUUUACACAGCCAUUGUUUGCAUACAGUCUUUGAGCUCUUAGAAUGACAUUCAGGUUGUAGAAAGAUAAUUCGGGUUUUGGAGACACGCGAAUGUGAUACUGCUAUUCCGCUUUCUUAAUAACUCAGAAAACUUUUAAAGUUACCUACGGUAAAAAGUUAGUAAAGAAUAACCAACAAUAUAAAAUAAACCCCAACUUCCUGCUAUUACCUCUAUGUUUAAUAUUAGAUUUUAUAGCAAAUUGACUUUUUGUCAUAACUAUUCAGGAUAUAAUAAAUUUAAAAGUUUUAUUCUAAGCUUAAUAGCUUCGUUCGCAGAUGUUUCUGCUUGUUAAAAAUUGAUAAAACUAUUCAGUUCAUUCAACGAUAACUUAAAUGGAGAAUGUCACGCCUUUAUUUGGUGUCUCUGUCAGGACAACUACACCAAAAAGACAUUACCAUUUUCUAUUAUACGAAUACGUCCGAUUCUACCCGAAAAAACCCGAUUAAUUAUUCUUAGGGUUCAUGAACUGUAAUUUCAUGAUGGUUCUGAAUUGAAAACGAUAAAAUUUAAUUAUUUUGCCUGAUCCAAGAAAACGGUCUCAAAAUUUAAUUUAUUUUACAAAGGUAUUUUCUGAUUGUUUAGAAGCUGCUUGUUUCUUUUAUGCUUAGAUAAAUCAUUGAUUACAUGAUACUGUAAAUUUGUAGUAGGUAAUUUAAGGUACCUACCAGCUAAUAAUGUUUCACAUUUUCUAAAAAUCCAUGAAAAAUCUCUUUUUUUUUCUUUUGUAAGUACGUGCCGAUUUCAUAAUCCGAGUCAACAGUAACAUGAUAUAAUGUGAUCACAUGAUGCAUCAAGAUGUAAAACAUUUUUUUAUAUGCAACAUAUAUGUAAACGAAUAUCCAGAAUUAGAUAAACUGACAGCAGUUUGAUAAAAUAAAAUAUAUUUAGGCAUGUUUGUGUUAAAAUAUGAUUUUUUAGACCCACGUAAAAAUAAAAGUACAUAACUUUAAUUUAUAAGAAAAAUUAACAGCUAUAUCAUAAUUCAUAAACGCGGCAAUGUCAUGAAAUACAUAUUACUCUGUCUAAUUCUCGACAUAAGAUAUGGUGAUCUAUUGUAUAAUCCAUGCAUUUCUGUUACAUAUUCACCAGCGCCGCUAGGGUACAGUUGGCUGCAGAGAAAAGGUACCCUGCAUAGAAGUAUGUACGUUCACAUCUUAUGUAGAUCAAUGCUACACUGGUUGACACCAACUCUUACUUAAUUUGUUUACUUUAAAUCUAACUGGUAUUAUAAGCUUCUAGCUCAGCAUUUACUAUAUCAAAAGUUGUUUGAUCCACGUUUUCAUAGCUGAUCGAUUUGUGAAAGCACAAAUACUUGAAAUUGAAUGUGAUAAGAAUUUGCUAAAACUGCCUUUUUAUAUUUCAAAACACUGUUGCAAAAAACGUGAAUUUACAAUUUGAUAUUCUUGUGUUACCGUUUGCAUGUAUUUCCAAUAUUAUAUUUUGUGCCAUAAAAAUUAUAAGUACUUUACUGAGUACCUUUGGUAACUAUUUAGUUUACGAUUAGGUUAUUUAGGCGUUAAAAUAUUUCAUUUGAGAAAUGAUAACUAAUGCUUGUGGCUAGCUAGAUGACUUAUGAAAGGGAGAUUUAGUGUUUAAGUUUACACGGGUUAUUUUAAAAGCUCUCUUUUUAUUCUAGCAUAAUAAUAUAUAUUCCUAAACAGAGCAAACACAAGUCUAUUAGUCUUGUUCCCAAUAUAAUGUAAAUUUUGCACUGAUACGCAAUAGCAGUGAGGUUAUACAUAACAUAUUACCUAUUAAUAUAUAGAUGCUAGAACCUAUUCAAAAUGUGCUUACUUCAAAUUAUGUAAAGUUGUAUAGUGCUUAUAAAUAUCUAAAUGCAAACAGAAUUUUCAAUAAAAUUUUAACUCCUCUGUAUAUAUCACGCCUAAUUUUCUUUGUUAUUAAUGACAAUAUAAUGCCUAUGAUGUUCAUAAUGUAGAAUAUCUCUGUAAAUGUGAAAGUUCAAGAGAAUAAAUGGCUAUCCAGAGGAUAGUCGCAAAUACCA